AUGAGCCAAAUACCUAAAGAAGACCAAUGCGUUUGUAAGAAGGAUACACCAAAAGUCGAUAAUAACUCUACUGAUAUUAAGGUUGUUGCUAUAGUCAUUGGAGCACUCUUUACAACUUAUUGGUGGUUGUCUUG